CCGUCCCGCGGCCCCCUGCGGAGUCCCGGCGCGGCGGCGGCGGCGCGGCCGUCCCGAGAUGAGCAGCCCCGAUGCGGGCUACGCCAGCAGCGACGACCAAGCGCCGGGGCGGUGCUCGCUGCCCAUCAUGAUGCCGGCCAUGGGCCCCUGCCCCUGGGCAGAGUCGCUGAGCCCGCUGGGCGAGGCGAAGGCGAAGAGCGAGGCGGCGCCGUCGGGGGCGGCGGGCGGCCGCGGCAAGAGCGAGGCGCGCAUCCGGCGGCCCAUGAACGCCUUCAUGGUGUGGGCGAAGGACGAGCGCAAGCGGCUGGCGCAGCAGAACCCGGACCUGCACAACGCCGAGCUCAGCAAGAUGCUGGGUAAAUCGUGGAAGGCGCUGUCGCUGGCGGAGAAGCGGCCGUUCGUGGAGGAGGCGGAGCGGCUGCGGGUGCAGCACAUGCAGGACCACCCCAACUACAAGUACCGGCCGCGGCGGCGGAAGCAGGUGAAGCGCCUGAAGCGCGUGGAGAGCGGCUUCCUGCAGCACGGCCUGGCGGAGGCGGCGGCGCCCGGGCUGGGCGGCGAGGGCGGCGGCGGCGGCGGCGGCAGGAUGUGCGUGGAGGGCCUGGGCCUGCCCUACGGCGAGCCGGGCUACGCGGCGGGGCCGGGCGCGCUGCCGCCGGCCGUCGGCCACUACCGGGACUGUCCGCCGCUGGGCGCCGCCUUCGACGGCUACAGCCUGCCGACGCCGGACCCGUCGCCGCUGGACGCGGCGGAGAGCGAGGCGCCCUUCUUCGCGGCGGGGCUGCAGGAGGAGUGCGCGCUGGUGCCCUACAGCUACGCGCCGCACGCGGCGGCCGAGUACGCGCCGGCGGCGGCCGAGAGCCCGGCGGGCGCGGCGCUGCGGCGGCACCUGCCGCCCGGCGAGCCCCUGGGGCCGGGCGGCUCGCUGCCGGGCCUGCUGGGCUGCCCGGCGCCGCUGCACGCCUACUACGGGCAGAUGUGCCAGCCGCCGGGCCCGGGGCGCCCACUGCCGCCGCCGCCGGCGGGCGGGCAGCCGUCGCCGCCGCCCGAGGCGGUGCCGUGCCGGGAGCCGCUGGAGCACCUGCCGCAGGACGAGCUGCUGGGCGAGGUGGACCGCACCGAGUUCGAGCAGUACCUGCACUUCGCCUGCAAGCCCGAGCUGGGGCUGCCCUUCGCGGGCCACGACGCCGCGGGGCUGCCGGCGCCCGAGGGCGCGGGGCCGGUGUCGGCGGCGGUGUCGGACGCCAGCAGCGCCGUCUACUACUGCGGCUACGCCGACGGGUGAGGCCGGGGGCACGGCGCGGACUGCCAGCGAAGCGCCCGGCCCCGCUCCUAUUUAUGUAAUUUAUUUGAAUGCUCUCUGGAGAGUUUUGGCAACCCGUUCUGGGUGGAAAUAUGCCAGUAUCGCACAGAUUAAAAGCAGGUAUUUAAAACAGUCCAUCACCUGAGGUGCCAAGAAGUUUACACUUUUUCUCCUUGAUGCCAAAAAUUAUCAUCGCACUUGCAGAUCAGCACCAUUACUUGUCUGCCCUGAACACGUUUUUACUAACUGUUUUUUAAGUAUACAGUAUACAUCCUUUUUUGUACUUCAGGUAAAUAAAUUGAUGUACCGUUGUUUCUGUCAUUUUUUUUUUUGUUCAUAUGGUCCUUUAAAGAGACUAAUAUAAAAUCCAUCGUGCUUUAGUUGCAGUAAGGUGAACACAGAUCAUGUGUGACACUUUUCUUCCUAUAACAUUGAUUACAAAGAAGUAAAACACUCUCCAAGACCAAAGAAGUUUGUUGAAGGCUAGACCUGUGCUGCUGUUUCUUCGAACAGAAAACACAUGGCUGUUCUUAAUAUUGUUCUUGGUGUAUAUUUUUCUUUCUUGUUUGUAGGUGUCAACUAGAAUUUGCAACUAUCAUUAAUGCACUGGGGAAAAACCUCCUCCCUUGAAACUAUGACAUCUCUAACAGGAAAAUCUAGAAUCCUUUGAGAUUCUGCUUUUAAAAUGUCUGGCAGCCCAUCAGGUUUGGAUGCUGGUAGGCGAAUAUGACUUCUCUUUAUGUACCCAUUUCUAUUUGAACAAAACAAUUUGCAAUGACCCACAGAUAAUAUUGGUACUGUAAUUUUUAAAUUAAUCUACCUUCAACUAGUUUAAGCCCUUCUGUCUCAUGGGGUUCAGGCGCCUACCAGUAAGGGGAGAAAAACAAAACAAAACAUGUUGCCCAAGCACUCAUCUCACUUGCUCUCAAUAAACUGCCAGUAACGAUUAGGCAUUAAAACAGAAGCCUUUUUAAUAUGUGUUCAGCUGUACUGCUCUGUGACAUUUCUGCCAGUGCAAGAAUGCAUAGAUUCUCAUCAUAAUGCUACCUUCAAACAUAAAGCUAAGUGACACUUCUGAUGACUAUCUUUCAUUUGAAUUGCAGAGAAUUUUAAAUAUUUUAAUUAGCAAAUGACAAUUCAAAUGCGAUAUGAAUGACAUUCAUAAUACAAUUAUUUAUCUGUACAAGUACUUUUAUCUUGCACUGGAAUCUUAGACUAUGGAGCUGUGGAUGAAGAAACCCAGCAAAAGUUCCAGUUGUAUAGUCCAUGCCAUUUUCAUUCAAGUUAAUAUAACUAGCCAGUUAAUAUAACAACCAUUUUCUGAACAUGCUAUGUAUACAGAGCCAACUGAAAUAUUUUCAAACAAAUAUUCCAGUAGAAGUAUACUUGGGCAGAUGGUGUUUCAUCUAUUAAUUCAAAAAGUGUAAUUUAAGUUGGAUCAAAGUAAAUAAUGAUUAUAUCCAGAAUUUGGUUAAUUUUAGUGAAAUUUAACUGUGUGUGCAUGUAAUAUUGGCAUAAUUCACUUCAAGUCAUAGUUGCCUCAAAUUAUUGUCAGGUAGUUUUUCUGAAGUUUACAAUGGGAAAAGUGCAAAGGCCAGUGUCAGGUUUCUAAUAUUAGGGACUUAAGUACAAGAUGGGAAAUAGGACCUGGUAUAUGUAAGUGUUUUUAGAACAAUACAGACAUGCUUAUUUGAAUAUGAUGUGUAUGUCUGGAAAGAAACUUUGAACAUGUUGCAAUUACAGGCAGAUAUAAAUUUAACAACAGUGAGACCCUUGUAGUUGAAAGGGUUGGAUUAGUGCAGUGUUGUCCCUCCUAGACAACUAGCCCUAGUGGUGGCAACCGUGGUAGUCCUUCUCUUUCAGUAAUGGAGUGCUAAAACUAUAGGAGUUGUUGUUGCACAUGCCCUUGCAAAAAAUGUGGUUGGUUAAAAGGAAAGGACUAGCAAAGACCCAGGUACUAGAUGUUUACACUCUGAAUAGACAUGUAGGUAUAUUGAAAUAAUAUGAAUUUUGUUUGUAUUCCUUUCUUUUCUUGUUUCAAUUUGUUACAGAUAUCCCAAGACUCAUUUUUUUCUAUAAUACAGUGGUGUUAUAGCUACCCGUAUAACUGGACUAAGUUACAUGAUUUUAAAAUCAUAUGUUUAUGUUCCUUUUUGAAACAUUAGCAGUAUUCACUGUACUUGACACCCUAAACAUUCCUACACUGUUUAUACAUCCUCUUUCCAUUCUCAGACCACCAAGUGUCUUUCCUUUUGUCUGAAUCCUACCCAUAUUUGGUCCAUCUCCUUACUUCCUUUGGUUUUUUUUAACCUCUUUUUAGUUCCUGCUCUUAGUUUCCCACUGUCUUUAUCCCUGUCCCUACUCCUCAAUUUCUCAUGAUUCUUCUCCUGCCCCAACCAUGUUCUCUUUCCUACUUCAUUAUGUCCCCUCAUCUUGUGUUUCCUCCUUUUCCCCCUCCUGCCACUGCUGGUGCCUGCUGUUAGCCCAAGAGCUAUCUCCAGCCUCAUGAGCUUCUUGUUUUGUUCUCCUGUUUCACAUUUCAUGGCCCAGUUCUCCUCAUCACUCUUAAACCACCCACCUUAACCCAAUUCUGCUGAUGGAUGAGUAAAAGUUGUAUCUACAGCCUGGCAAAGACAAUUUCUCUGUGCUUAGUGUAGUUGAUACCACAACAGUUGCUAGAAUUCAGGAGCAGCAGUAGCAGGGAAAGCUGUUCUUUUCAGUGUCUGUACCUGGGGCAAAGCAUGCUCAUGAAGUCUCUGCUGAGUAUUUUGCUGCCAGGUUUAACAUAAUUGUAGCACAACUUUUCUUUCCAAAAAAGUUUAUAGCUUGGGCGACUUUUAUUAGGGGACAAUGGAAGUCAUGUCUCUGAGAUGAAAAAGUCACGUCUCCCAGGCUGAAUAUUCAAACCAUUCUGCAAAAUAUAAGGCUCAACAAAAGGAUUCUAAUAUUGACUUAAUAUGGUUGAAAGAACAUAUCUUCUCUAGCCUAAAUUUCAGAAGUGUCUGACUCGUUUUAGCUGAACCUUCUGUAAUAAUUCAGAGCCAUCUAAGCCAGCUGUCCAGCAUGGAAAAUUUCUGGUCCAAAAAUGUCGCUAUAGGUAACUGACUUCCAGUUCUUGAAAUGGAAAGUUUGAAGUGACCCUAAUUGCAGGGAACACUGUCUGUGUCAUGAUCGGCAUCAGCUGAGUUAUAGUACUUGUGCAUUUGGCUGUCUACUGGAGAAGAGCACUGAUUUAAGAACUAUUAGCAUAAUUUAAUGACUAUAUUGGUUCAGGUAUAAGACAUUUACUUUUCAAAAAUUCUUAUGUAAAGAAAAUCCAGUUUGUCCUAUACUCACAGACUACACUGAGUACAUUCUCAAUAACAUGUAGUCUGGUUAAGAGUUAUGUAUGCAAGCAGAGCAACCAGAGAUAUCUGCUCUGGUUGCUUAGCUAGUCUGUGGCAUAUACAGCACCUCCUUUGAUGCUGAAGUCCAAGUGUGGGUGGUAGGGGCCUGGUUCACUGUUGAUUUUCCAUAGCUGCUGCAGGAUGAGCUCAUGUGCGGAUAUGUGUUGGCCAUGUCAAUCCCUGGUGGUUCUCACUGUCCCAAUUAACUCAGGUUGUCAGAGCAAGUUUCUGGAACUCUUAAAGGGACUGUUUUUUCUUCUGUCAGGGUAAAACAAGGGUCAUCAUAUAUUCAAGGCCACCACAUCUUCAAUCUGGUAUGGUAAGCUGAAAAGCUCAGUGUGGUUGCUCUCAAAUAUUUUAGCAAUAUGCAUCAAAUUAUUUUAUUUUGAUUACCCCUUUUAUUUUAUUUUGCUUUGUUUUGUUUUGUUUAUUUUGUUUUAAUUGUAUUCCUUAGAUCCUAAGGAAGCCACAUUGUUUUGAUUAAAUUGGUUUCCUUAUUACCAGAGUGAAACUGGUAUUGUCCCCUUUACAGAUACUCUUUAAAAUACUGAUUUACUUACUGAAAAUCUUAGUCAUUCUUAAAUGAGUGUAGAUGUUCAGAGAAGAUAAAUAUAUUAAGUGUUUCAGGAACCAAUAUAUUUAUGGAUGUAUAUAGAAUGAUUACUAAAUUAAUCUAAGUUGAUAUAUACCUUUUAAAAUAGAUUUAAGAGUAUGCCUGGAUUACAGGUUGCACUACAAAGUAGAGAAGCCUGGGCUAGUUAAUGUAGUGGAAACAAUUUAACUACAGCGAUGUAGUCCUAAAUAAUAGCUAAUUUAUACUUCGUGUCAGGGUAAAUUAUGAAUAAGCACCUUGGCUUACCCCAGUGUUUUUAAAACGUAUAUUUAAUUAAAUGGGUUCAUGAUUGUGUAGAGACAGGGGAUUUCUGACGAGAUGUAUUGCAGUUCAUGGAAGGCCUUCCUACUGAAAAAAGUAACAUAUACUCCUUAUUUCUUUCAUUUUUUUCUGUUUUUUGAGAUUUUAAACAUUAAAUCUGCAUUAUAUUCUGGUGUGCUGCUGAGUAUUUGAGAUUAAAUGCAGGCUGAAACUGUCUGUUUUAGAGGCAAUUAAAGCAUUAAUAUACAUUAGUAUAUAUCAUUUAUAUAAUGCCUUCCAUUUGAAGGUGCCACAGCUCUUAGAACAUAAAUGAGAUAAGCUUCAAAGUAGACUUUUGAGAAAAAGAAACAAACAACCAAAGGUCAUGGCCUAUGUCUCCUGACACAAAUAAAACUGAGAGACUAAUCUAGAUAUCAUGGGUUCCUUAGUAAAAAGAAUCUCAAAAUGAAUAGCACCAGGAAAAAUACAGAAAAUUUUAGUGCACAUGUGGAAAUGCCAUUUGAGGUGUUCAUAAAAUUAAAAUGCUGAUUAUCCUGAAACUUUUUAAGUCUCCAUGAAUUUCACAAUGAAAUCAACUUUAAGUUUCUGUUUUCGGAUUAUUUCAGAACACUUCUUAUAGGAAUGUAUUUCAUCUGUAAUCUCAAUAAAGAGCAAAAUAAAAAUGUCUGAGCUGUUGGGUC